CACGCCAAAGCAAGACACCUAGUGUGGCAAUUGUGAUAAGUGAUGUUCAUGGUGUUUAUUGUUUGCAGUUACAUCUAUAAAAUCAAAUCAUCAACGAUGUCUAUCAAGUUCUGGGCCUACUUCUUUCUUGUCUUGGGAAUCAGCGCUACACACAUAAGUGGAGAAGGUGUGGUGACCACGGAAUUACUAUGUGACGGGGAUCCAGCGAUUUUAAUCGAUGGCGGCGACCUACUGAUACACGUCCAAUCCUCGUUUUACGGGCGUGCCACAGACGAUAUCUGUAAUUCAACACCGUCACCGACCCCACCCGGUGCUGAGGUCAUUCUACCGUGUUCCAGUCCAUCGGCACCAGUCCUGAUUAACAACAUUUGUCAUUUGGGCAGAGCAUGCAUUCUGGUGGCCGACAACGGUAUUUUCGGAGCCCCCUGCAACGGUACCACUGAGUAUCUUAUGAUUACAUACGUGUUGUUGCCCCCAACACAAACGCUACCUACCACAUCUGCUUCACCAACAACAAUGCCUAUCACAUCUGCUCCACCAACAACAAUGUCUACCACAUCUGCUCCACCAACAACAAUAUCUACCACAUCUGCUCCACCAACAACAAUGUCAACCACAUCUGCUACACCGAUAACCACAGUAGAAAAAUUGAGCAUCGACAUAUGUGAGGGAGAGUGGGAACCAAGGCUCAACUGCCCGGAUGGACAGACCAUCAGCAUUUGCUCGUCCAUCUACGGCCGAAGUGACACAACAACUUGCCCGGACACCUCGGCGACAACGUCCAAUGUGGACUGCAUGUCACUGAAUCCCUUAUACGUAAGGACGACUUGCCAAGGGAGGCAGAGUUGCAUUGUUUUCGCCGGUGAUAGAAACCUAGGUGGCGAUCCCUGCCCUGAUACCCACAAGUAUCUACACAUUGAUUAUAGAUGUGUCGCGGAGUAAUGACACCUGUUUCUCUCUUCCUCUUGCUGUUUCUC